AUGCCAGUAAUCAACGAAAUUGCGAAUUCCAUGUUGAGUAAGCGAGCGGAAAGCUUGGAGAAGCAAACAUCGACGUUUGUUCCCACUGACAUGGCCUAUAUCUUAUUUUGCUCUUUCGGUGUCUUCCUUAUUACCCCAGCAAUUGGUUUAUUUUAUUCGGGGCUUUUAAAAAGAAAAAAUGUGGUACAAGUGUUAUUUCAGUCUUACAUGACAACUUGUCAUGUUGUGAUAAUUUGGUAUUUAUUGGGAUAUUCGUUAGCCACCUCACCAACAUCAACAUCCAAACUCAUAGGUGACUUUCAUCUGGCUGCUCUUUAUAAUGAACAAGCAGGCCCCUUAUCAGAGGGUGGUAACUUGCCAUCUGUGAUAAAUUUUUGUUUUAAUGUCUUCUUCCCAAUAGCAACAGUCCAGAUUUUCAUCGGUGCAAUAGGAGAAAGAGGUCGUUUCUUUCCUUCUCAGGUUGUUGCAUUUAUGUGGACCAUUGUUAUCUACUGCCCACUCGCUUUUUGGGUCUGGGGGUUGAAUGGGUGGUUGUACAACUUGGGUGCGUUGGAUUUUGCAGGAGGUGGCCCUGUUCAUAUUGCUUCAGGAAUUGCAUCAUUCUGCUACUCAUGGUAUAUAGGCCCAAGGGGUAUGCCAGGAAAGCGUGUUGGUAAUGUUAAGCUGGAAAAAGGACAUUCUACUGUGACAACUUUUAUUGGCGUUACCUUAAUUUGGGCAGCCUGGUUCUGCUUCAAUUCGGGUACCUUGUUAAGCGUCAAUGUGAGAACUGGGUACAUCUUCCUCAACACUAUUCUUGCGUCAAGUUUUGCUUCAGUUACUUACACAGCCGUGGACAAAUUACUCACAGGAAAGUACUCUAUGGAGGCCGCAUGCGAAGGUGUUAUUGUUGGGUUAGUCAAUAUUACACCAUCGUGUGGCUUCUACUGGCCCUGGGCCGCCGCCGUGACAUCUAUCAUAAAUGCAGCAUUAUGUCGCUUAUUAUUAUCAUUCAACAAAUGGACUGGCAUAGAUGAUUACAGUAGAUCAGGAGUUGUUCAUGGUUUUGGUGGUAUCAUUGGCGGUACUUUGACAGGUAUCUUUGCUACAAAGACGGUUGCCGGAUACGAUGGUGUUACUGAGAUUGAUGGUGGAUGGGUUGAUGGCAACUGGAUACAGUUGGGUUAUCAGAUCGCAGCGUGGGUUGCAAUCAGUGCAUGGACUGUAGUGUUUACAAUGAUCAUUUUGUUCAUCGUCGAUCACAUUCCGGGACUUAAAUUGAGGGCACCUGAGGAAGGUGAAAAUAUGGGUAUGGAUGAGUAUGAGAUGUCUGAAACAUUGGAUGAGUUUGGAUAUAGAUCUGAACUUCUUUGGGAAUACGCCAAUAAGCUUAGAGAAUUGGAUUUAGAACAUAGGGGAAAUAUAGAAGUUUUAGAUGGCGUACUGCGAGAUGAUGGUGACUCUCAAUCACAUAGAUCCAUUGAACUUCAAUAUAAGUCGAAGGCUUGA